AUGCCAUCGCGGACGCAAACUGAUGCAAUGACCACGGCGGAUCGCCGCUCCAUGGCCGACCCUUCACAAAACCGGGGCCAUGGCCCAUCCCACCAGCAGAACCAGGAAAACGGCCUGCGCCCGUCCAGUGCCCCGGGCUCCCGGAAUGGGUUUAUCCGCCCCUCGCAGUCUAGCAGUCGCGCCGACUCGAUAAACUCGACCCAAUCUAGCCCCAAAGUUCGGCCGGUUAAGCCCCAUCUAUUAAGAUCUAAGAGUGAACAUGUCCUUCGCAACGACGACAAAGCUCUCGAGGACAGCGAUGAUGAGGUCUAUAACUGGGGCGCCAGACAUGGCUUCGAGGAUCACUACCAGUCUGAGGACAUCAUCACCCAAUUGGCAAGCACAUGGUACAUGUACUUUACCGACAGACGCCAUGAGACGACUGGUCGGCCGAAGCCACCCCAUUACGAACUGCAGGACUGGAGGAUGCGUGACAGGCUAAAAACCGUAUCCGCGGCAUUGGCGGUGUGCCUGAAUAUCGGCGUCGAGCCGCCCGACCAGCUCAAGACGAAUCCUGGCGCGAAGCUCGAAGCGUGGACCGACCCAACGAUCCCUCCCGGCCAAAAGGCUCUCGAAAACAUUGGGAAAUCCCUGCAGGCGCAAUACGAAACCCUCGCCAUUCGGACGCGAUAUAAGCAGUAUCUAGAUCCGUCAGUGGAAGAAACCAAGAAGUUUUGCAUAUCCCUCCGGAAGAAUGCCAAGGACGAGAGGGUUCUGUUCCAUUACAACGGGCAUGGCGUCCCCAAACCCACCGCCUCGGGCGAGAUUUGGGUUUUCAACAAGACCUACACCCAAUACAUACCCGUUUCGCUCUACGAUCUCCAGCAUUGGCUUCAGGCCCCAACCAUGUUCAUCUGGGACUGCUCCGAGGCGGGCAAUAUCUUGAAGAACUACCAUCGGUUCGUUGAGAAGCAUGAGCAGGAAGAAGAGGAGGCGGCUACUCGCGAUCCAAACCAUUACCGCAUCAAUUACCGACCCUAUAUACAUCUUGCUGCCUGCGCCGUCAAGGAGAAUCUGCCCACGAAUCCGCGCUUGCCUGCGGACCUCUUCACCGCCUGCCUCACCACCCCCAUCGAGAUGGCCCUCUGGUUCUUCGUCCUCCAGAACCCCCUCAAGACCCCUCUCACACCGGAGAGGGCCAAGAAGCUGCCUGGUCGACUCCAGGAGCGCAGAACACCCCUCGGCGAAUUGAAUUGGAUCUUUACCGCCAUCACGGACACAAUUGCCUGGACCACGCUGCCGCGUCACCUGUUCCGGAAAUUCUUUAGGCAGGACCUCAUGGUCGCGGCCCUGUUCCGAAACUUCUUGCUCGCACAGCGCAUCAUGUCCGUCUGGGACUUGGCUGUGGACAUGGCCCUGGCCCAGCUGCCGAUGCUUGAGAAGAAGGAUGCGGAAGGUACCGAGUACGAGUACCAGAACUCGACCUUCUUCACGGAACAACUUACUGCCUUCGACGUCUACCUCACACGCGGGGAUGCCAUGGCGCAGCGUCCGCCUGAGCAGCUUCCCGUCGUCCUGCAGGUUCUUCUUAGCCAGCACCAUCGGGUUCGAGCCUUGAUAUUACUCGGCCGCUUCCUUGAUUUGGGGCCCUGGGCCGUGGAGUUGGCGUUAAGCAUAGGCAUCUUUCCUUACGUCCUCAAGCUCCUCCAGUCUACCGCCACCGAACUUAAGCCGAUCAUGGUAUUCAUUUGGACGAGAAUACUCGCCGUCGACAUCACGUGCCAGCAAGACCUUGUCAAGGACAGCGGGUACAACUACUUUGCUCAAAUCCUCCGCCCGUCCGAAAUCCUCCCCGUCGUGGACGGCGACGAGCACAAGGCCAUGUGCGCUUUUAUCCUUGCCAUGGUGUGCAGGUCCCACGUUACCGGUCAACGCAACUGCAACGAUGCCAACAUCAUGUCGCACUGCCUUGUCCAUCUGCAAAACGAUGACAAUGCUCUUCUCAGACACUGGGCAUGCUUGUGCAUCAGUCAACUGUGGCAGGACUUCCCCGAAGCCAAAUGGAGGGGGAUUCGCGAGAAUGCGCAUGGAAAGCUUGCGCUGCUCACAAAAGACCCUUGCUGCGAGGUUCGGGCGGCGAUGCUCCACGCCAUGACCACAUUCCUCGGGAUCCCAGACCUCACCGACGAGGUCGCCAAGACGGAAGAGUUACUAGCGUGGACAAUUCUCGACAUGGCAAAUGAUGGAAGUCCCAUGGUGCGCAAGGAACUUCUAGUGUUCCUUUCGCAUUUUGUCCUUCGCUACGAAAACAAGUUUGUCGUAGCAGCCUUUGAACAUCUACUGGAAGAAAAAGAAUACCUCCAGCACCCCCGCGAGGAUGGCUCCGAUCAAAAGUUGGGUCUUCAUUAUACGCGCCCUGACAAUGUCGAAGCCGACGGUAGCAUCAAGCCGACGGUGCAGGGCCUCGCGCAGAACACCAUUUUCGCGGCAUGCUGGAAGCACGCUCUUGUCAUGAGUGUCGACCCCAAUCCAGAGGUACAGCAAGCGGCUACCGUCGUCGUAGACUACGUACACAAUGCCCUCUUGGCAUCCACUGUCGGGGCCCAGGCGCAGAGUCUCAUGGACGAGAUUAAACGCAAGGCGAUGAGGGCGGCGGCGAGGGCUAAUGCGAAGAACCACCAACGAUCUAGCUUAAUCGGCAGCGCCGGUGGUGCGGGUUCUUCCCCAUUGCCGUCGCCGGGCCUGCUACGCCGGACUGCUAGCAUGCUCUUCCAGCUUCCCUUGUUUGGCGCUGGGCAUGCCACCCGGAAACAUCACGGCUCCCCCGAGCAAAACGACGAAGCAAGCGUGUCGGCAAACUACCAUGCUGCGAAGGAGCCUGUGUCCGGCAGCUUCGAGGAACGGGAUCUCUCCAAAGCUCCAGUUCUCCCUCUUAAGAGUGCGUUUUUGGACUGGUCGGUGGAGUAUUUCCGCGAGCCGCAGAUGAAGCCGACGGAAUCGGACGAGCCCGGUAGCACGGAGUACAACGAGCGGCUUUGGCGGCGCACGCGUAACGAAGCCAUCCUCCGGGAGACGCAACCGCAGAAGCAGCUUGCGGGGAGCCACAAGUGGAAUAACUCGCUCGUGAUGCUCAACAACGGGGUGCAGCCGGCAAAGAUGACGUUCCACCAGUACGAGGACCACCUCGCCGUCGCAGACGACGGCAACACAGUGGCCAUCUGGGACUGGAAGAAGCAAGGGCGGAUCGCCAAAUUCUCCAACGGCAACCCUCUGGGGUCGAGAAUUAGCGAUAUGAAGUUUAUCAACGAGGACGACCAAGGCUUCCUCAUGACUGGAUCAUCGGAUGGGGUCAUCCGGGUAUACCGCAACUACGAUAACGAGAAGAAGAUUGAAUUGGCCUCGGCGUGGCGGGCAUUGACGCACAUGGUCCCUAGCACCGUUAACUCGGGCAUGGUGUUUGACUGGCAACAAGUAUCCGGCCGCGUGCUAGUCGCCGGGGAUGUGAGGGUGAUUCGGGUCUGGUACGCGGCGCACGAAUCGUGCGUGAUGGACAUUCCUGCGCGAUCGGGCUCCUGCGUUACUUCGCUGACGUCGGACCAAAUGACGGGCAACUUCUUUGUCGCCGGAUUUGGCGACGGGGCGGUCCGGGUAUUUGACUUGCGGAACCGGCCUCAGGACUCCAUGGUUAGGAAGUGGAAGGAUGAAAAGGACCGGCAGUGGAUCAAGGCUGUUCACAUGCAACGGGGAGGGCAGCGCGAGCUGCUAAGUGCCAGCCGUAACGGCAAGGUCAAGCUCUGGGACAUCCGCAUGGACAAGCCGCUCCACGUUUACCAGGUAACGCGGGAUACGCUCAUGACGGCGAGCGUUCACGAACAUUUACCUGUCUUUGCUGUCGGAACGUCGGCAUACACAGCCAAGGUGUUCAACUUUGACGGGCAGGAGCUCUCGAGGAUCGAGCCGUACUCAAGUUUCCUCCAGCAGAACCGCGGCGCCCCCAUCGCGGCCACGGCAUUCCACCCACACCGGGCCAUCCUUGGAUGUGCUGCGCGCGGAGACAGCCACAUCAAUCUGUUUAGCUGCGAGAAACGCGAUCCUAUGUCUUCUCAUGCAGAAAGAGGGUCGAGAUACUAG